GGAUAAUACCGAAGGGUCCCGGCGGAGUGAGGAGCAGCGCGCGGACGGGACGGGAGGGUUCGGGGAUACCCGAACAGAGGGGAAGAGAUGCCAACCCACUGGUUCGUUUCAUCAUAGGGCUCCAUAUAGAUAUUCAUCAUGAAAUCUUGACAAUUUUUAAGUUAAAGUUAUACAAUAAACUGGUCAUGGGGUAAUAGGGCCUUAAAAAAGGCUAAUAAGUCAGAUCAUGCAAAGUAAAGAAGGGAACAUUUCGGCGCAUUGUAAGAACAUCCAAAGGUAACCAUGGUGCGGGGGAGCCUCCCGGGCUGGGGGCAGCAGGACCCAAAAGAGGUGCUGGUGCACGUGAACGUAGGAGGGCUGAAGAGGAGCCUUUGCUCCAGCACCCUGAGGAACUUUCCAGAAACCAGACUGGGGAAGCUGCUGAGCUGUGACACAGAGGAGGCCAUCCUACAGGUGUGUGAUGACUACGACGUGCAGCAGAAGGAGUUUUAUUUUGACAGGAAUCCCGGUCUCUUUCCUUACCUUCUUCACUUCUACCAGACGGGAAAACUACACAUCAUGGAGGACCUGUGCGUCUUCUCCUUCAGCCAGGAGAUAGAAUACUGGGGCAUCAAUGAGUUCUUCCUGGACAGUUGCUGUAGUUACCGUUUCCAUGACCGCAAGCUAGAGAGCAGCCGCCAUCGCAGCUGGGACGAUGAGAGCGACGUCAGCAGUGUGGACACGUCCGUGGACGAGAUCUCUGAUCUAAACAGGGACAUGCUGCGUUUCCAGGAAGUGCCCUAUGGCAAUGCAAGGCGGUGUCUCUGGCUGACCCUGGAGAACCCUGGCUACUCCAUCCCCAGCAAGGUGUUCAGCCUGCUGUCCAUCAGCGUGGUGCUCACCUCCAUCGCUGCCAUGUGCAUCCACAGCAUGCCAGAACACCAGAGCUUCGACGAAGAUGGGAAACUGAUGGAAGACCCCAUCAUGCAGAUUCUGGAGGUCUUCUGUACCUGCUGGUUCUCCUUUGAGGUGGCGACAAGGCUGCUGCUAGCUCCUAACCAGAGGAAGUUCUUCCGCCAUCCUCUGAACAUCAUAGACUUGGUGUCUGUGGUCCCUGUCUACAUCACUGUGACCUUUGACCUCAUGCUGGGGGAAGCGUCAGAACGCGGAAUUCUGGGGGCACUCCUUCAGGUCUUUCGCUUGAUGCGAAUAUUUCGGGUGUUGAAGCUGGCCAGACACUCCACAGGCCUCCGAUCUCUGGGAGCCACGCUACAGCACAGCUACCGCGAGGUGGGCAUCCUGCUGCUGUACCUGGGGGUCGGGGUCUCUGUGUUCUCCGGCAUGGCCUACACCGCCGAGUACGAAGAGGAUGUCGGUCUGGACACCAUCCCGGCGUGCUGGUGGUGGGGGACGGUCUCCAUGACGACGGUGGGCUACGGCGACGUGGUCCCGGUGACGGUGGCGGGGAAGCUGGCGGCCAGCGGCUGCAUUCUGGGCGGCACCCUGGUGGUGGCGCUGCCCAUCACCAUCAUCUUCAACAAGUUCUCCCACUUCUACCGCAAGCAGAAGGCUCUCGAGGCCUCGGUGCGCAACCACGACCCCCAGCAGGGGGUCCGCCGCGCCCAGGAGGGGCCGGAGCCGUCCUCAGACGGAGACAGCCGCUGUCUGGACGACGACGACGACGAGGAUGAGGAAGAGGAUGAGGAUUAUGAUGUGGACUUUGAGGAGGAUGGGGGCGUUGUUAACUACAGCUAUGUGGAGCAUCCUUCAUACACUGGGAGGACGGAGCGAUGCUGACUGGGAGGACUGGAGUGGACUGGGAGCAGGGGUGUGGACUGGGAGGAGGACUGGUGUGGACUGGGAGGACUGGUGUGGACCGGGAGGAGUGGUGCAGACUGGGAGGAGGAGUGGUAUUGAUUGGGAGGAGUGGUGUGGAUUGGGAGGAGGAGUGGUGUGGACUGGGAGGAGGAGUGGUGUGGACUGGGAGGAGUGGUAGUGCUGACUGGUUGGAAGAGGAACACUCAAACACCAAGGUUGAAGUCAUGUGUUGCGAAGCCCAAAUCAUACAGAGCGCACAUUUUGCCUCAUAUUUGUAGCGCGGCUCAAACUUAGAACUAGAAUCAUACUGUUUUCUUAGGGCGAGUGUAGCAGGACUAGGUUCUUCUGUUUGCUUCAAAAAAAAUGAAGCAAGUGUCUUCCCAAUGCAGCGAUGUGCUUCAGGCUUUAGACUGUUCACUUACUGACUGACUGCUGUUUGACCAACCAAAUGAACAAAACCGCUCACCACUACAAAACAGGACAAAACAGGAAGUUAGGGGGAAAUUAUAUGGUCUGACAUCCUCUCAGCGAUCUCUCCUCAGUAUUCAGCUUUACCCUUGUUAAGACGCAAUGGCAGGACACUCAAAUGCUAAACCCUCGAUGUCUCUCAACCAAUGACGUCCAAGCGGGGCGGAGCUUAGGUGUAUUUUUUUUACAAUCUAGCAUGUACAACCCAAAGAGCUAACAAAUGUUUUUAAUGAGCAUCACUUCACCACCUCUGUUAGUUUUAAGUAAUCUAAAAUAUAAAGUUAUACAUAUCUUAUCUAGAUUAUAUAAAUGAAGGGUCUUCCUUUGUCUGGGACGUCUGUUACGACAAGGUCUGAUGGCAUUGUCUUACUGUUUGUUUCAUGUUUUCAUGUUUUGAAAAGCUUCAAAAUGUAUGACUAGCCGUUACGAUUAAAGUGACGCUUUCAUCCAAAACCAAAGUCAGGUGAGCAUAAUUUGCUCUAUAGUCCGUCACCUCAAAUAAUGUCUCCCAACAUACCACUAUCUUUGACCAAAUCAUUCUGUGCAUAACUGUAGAAAUUAUUAAUUCAAAGAGGGUUUUAGUGGACAGGAGAAGAGCAAUAAAACAGCAUAGAGGGAUUAGUAUUGCCUCUAUGUGCCCUAAGUGGGAGCAAUAUACUAAUUACUACAGCCCUGAGUUGACACUGAUUUUUCAUUCAUUGCUGAUCCCCUUGUCAGCAAAAUAAAGUUAUUAUGGGCUGACUUUUCCGUUAAAUAAAAAACACAUACUCACCCUGAAUGAUCCAACUCCCAAACUUUCCCUGAUACCAAAGCCAUCUGGUCAGGCUAAGACCGGAACCAGAGACAGAUAUUACUGUUUUUAGGGGGACAUAAUUCAGGAGAGCAGGUCCCUGUAAACCUAUGCAUCUUCAUUACAUCUAUUGAAUGUAUUCAAAACAAUAAACAAUGACCAAUCAUUGGUGACAGUA